AUGGCGUUGAUCAUGAUACUUGUAUCAAGCUUCAUCUCAUCACCAUUCUUGUUCUUCUUCUCUGAAUAUCCAUGCACUAAGGCUGGCCGGAAGUGCAAGCCGAUCUCCGGCCACGUGGUUUUUAAUAAGCGCUCUCCUGCCGGGGAUCUCGUGGGCACGGCGGUUGUACCUAAAGAAGGCCUUGACGUCUCACUCAUAGAAUCAUUUCCAACUUUCGUGUAUGCAAGCGUCAAAGAUUAUCGGAUAGAGAAGUACGGCCUAGAAUGCGCAAUUUGCUUGGUGGAGUUUGAGGAUGAUAGCAUGCUGCGCCUCUUGACGGCUUGUUGCCAUGUUUUCCAUCAAGAAUGCAUCGACCUCUGGCUCGAGUCUCACAAAACUUGUCCAUUUUGCCGUGGAAAUCUCGAAUCAAUGCCCUCGAACUUAGCGGAGAAGUCUCCAGUGCUUGCUCACGAGAACGUCGCCAUGCAGGAAAUUCAUGAAGGGAAUGAGCCUGUGUUGUUGGAUCCGGAUGCUGUCCACGUUGACAUCAAAGAUGAACAAGGCCAAGAUCAACAUCAUCAAGGAACUAGUACUAGUGAUUCGUGGCCUCCGAAUAAAAAUAAAAAUAUUAACAAUAUGGUUGCAGAAGAUGAACAAAGUAGUAGAACUAACCAUGAUCAUCAAAACGUAGAGAAUGAAACCGAAAGAUUUUCGAGGUCACAUUCGACAGGGCACUCCAUAGUUAGGCCUAGAGCAGAGGAGGAUAGAUAUACACUGAGAUUGCCAGAGCAUGUGAAGAUAAAACUUCUAAGAGGGCAUCAUAACUGGACAGGAAGCUGUACCACAUUUGGGGAGUUCUCACGCCAAACACACAAUGCGGCUGGUGGCCACUUUGGAGAGGUCUCUGGCUCUGACGGUGGAGGAGACAAUGAGAGACUUUAAUUUUUUGUAUUUUCGUUAAUUUGUUUCUCUUCAAGAUCUUCAAAUAUUUUUUUUCUCUCC